ACAUGCAUGCUCUUUAUAUAAAGUUUCCAAAAUGAAUGAAAAGCUCGCAUAAAUUCAGCACAUAAACGAAAAGAAUUCUGCAAAAAUGAAACCAAUCUACGUUUUCACGCUUAUUUUAUAUUUUUCUGGGCAAGAUUUGUGCAACGGAGAGCAUAUCCUAUGCAAAAUUGGGCAAGAGCUUUGCGGCCGGCGAUGCUACAAUUCCACGAUACUCAAGUGUUUAAACAACUCUACAGUUGAAUCCAGUAUUUUGUGUGGGACGAACGAGCUGGCCUGCGGAAAAGGACUUGGGGCCUCCUGUUUCAACCCAAAUUCGAAAGUAUGUUACACUAGUAAAAAGAGGGCUACCGGAAAUACUCCCGUGGAAUUGGUGGCACUGUGUGACAAGAACGAAAAGGCCUGCAAUACGUUGUAUUGGCUAACCUGUUACAAUCCUGAACUUUUCGCAUGCCUCCUGGUGACAGGGAAGGAUGAAACCUUUGGAUUAGUGGAGACAAGUCCUACAAUCUAGAAUCCCACGAAAACUCCAAACUCGACGCGGAAUGCUUGACUCCAGUCUGUGAAGGAUUUUGUUGUGAUUUUUGCACCAAAUUGAUAAUUAAAAGAGCAGCAAUAAAAGCAUAAAUUCAAACAUAUGUGAUUAGAAAUAAAUACAAGGGAGAUCAAACACAUUUAAUUUUGUGUAUAUGUUCCCUGUACAAAAAUCUACAAACCCCUGGAAAUUUUUGUUACAGUAGAUAUAAAUAGGUACGUUACAUUUAAUUAUCAAUGGACCUUGUGGACAAGGUACAUGAGUUUUAUAUUAUGCAGAUAGCCCGGCCGUGAUGUUGCCCUGAAUUUUUACUAUGUUGUACAUACUUAUCGACAUGCUGAAUGAAAGUUUACUUCGAAAUUUUAUAAAAUAAAAUUCGAAAUUUGAAU